CCACUGUAUUGUAGUUUGAGCUUGAGCUGUUUCGGUUUUCGUCUUAGUUCAAAGGGGAUUAUAUUCACUUGAUCCUUGCUCGGUUAGUCGGUUUGGUACUAUAGUUUUGAUGGACCAAUACGUUCGUGAUAGCGAACGAGACGGAGAUGACGAGUCUAGGCUUGAGGGAGAUGGAGAACACAGCAAAGAACCAUUUCGAGAGCAGGAUAUUUAUCUUCCAAUCGCCAAUGUUGCAAGAAUUAUGAAGAAUGCCAUCCCACAAAAUGGAAAGAUUGCCAAAGAUGCGAAGGAGUGUGUACAAGAGUGCGUAUCAGAAUUCAUCAGUUUUAUAACAUCGGAAGCAUCAGAAAGAUGUGCACAAGAGAAAAGAAAAACGAUUAAUGGAGAGGAUGUUCUGUUUGCCAUGUCAACACUUGGUUUUGAUCCGUAUAUUGAACCUCUGAAGAUUUAUUUACAGAAAUAUAGGGAAUCAAUGAAAACAGAGAAGUCUCUUGUACAAGAUGAUCUGAUGGAUAGAGCAAUAGAAGAAGAUUUUGCCAGCCAAAUACAAGGUGUGGGAAAUGAUCAAAGUAAUCAUAUGUAUCAGUCUUCAGAUAGCACCUUUACUUCUCAGAUGCAAGGUGAUGAUCAACUGCAAUAUCCUUGAAACCAAUACAGUUGAGAAAUAAGACUAGCUUUCUCAAGUGCAGCUGAUGUUUCCUGGGCCAGCUCAUUCUUUGCUGCAACAACAGUUUCUGCAUUUCUUUGGC